UUGGCUUUGGAUAACAUAAAAGGUCAUUCUCUUAGCGUGUCAGAAUCACGUAUUCCAGACUUUGGCAAACAGCAGACAUUAGCGGGAAAUUUAAAUUUGAUGAAUACGGAGAAGCAUAAUUUGAACGAUAACGCAUUUGUUUCUCGAAACAUCCCGAAAUUUCCCGAAGUCCCUAAUUUUAAUACUGUUGGAGGAGGGGUUGAUUAUAUGUUCAAUAAGAAGGUAGGCGCCAGUUUAGACGUGGCUCACACUCCCUUCCUUCAGCGUAUUGAUGUUAAUGCGAUGGGAAAACUGAAUCUCUAUCAAAAUCCUACAACAUCAUUAGACUUUGGUGCUGGUGCUUCUAAAUCAUUCUCUCCUCAUAUACCUAACAGUUCUUGGGAACCAAAUUUCCGUUUCUCAUAA